AACCCGAGGUCGGUUCUGAGCAGGACGGGCUCGGUUCGGAAACUUUAACAGGAUGCUGGUUCUGGUUCUGCUGUCCCGGUUCUGCCUGCUGACCCGGAGCCAGAGCUUGGACCAGGACAGCUGGAUGGACCGGGCUGCACUGUCCGAUGGUCUCUGUCGCUAUGGUAACGGCCAGGACUGCUGCUGGGGCUGGAGACGGACGGACCGAGGACAGUGUCAACCUCUCUGUCAGCAGGGAUGUAAACAUGGCAGCUGUGUCGGACCCGACAGAUGUGAAUGUCACCCGGGAUUCACGGGGAAGGCCUGUAACCAUGACCUGAACGAGUGCGGUCUGAAGCCUCGGCCCUGUAAGCACCGCUGCAUGAACACGCCGGGCAGCUUCAAGUGUUUCUGUCCAGACGGAUACGCUCUGCAGCCGGACGGCAGCUGCAGGAAUGUGAGGACCUGUUACCAUGCCAACUGUCAGUACGGCUGUGAGGUGAUGAAGGGCGAGGUACGAUGUACCUGUCCGUCUCCAGGGUUACGUCUGGGUCCAGACAGACGCUCCUGUGUCGACAUCAACGAGUGUUUGUUGGGUAGAGACGUGUGCUCCCAUCGCAGGAAGUGCAUCAACACGUUCGGCAGCUUCAUCUGUAAAUGUCACCUGGGCUUCAAGCUGACGUACAUCGACGGGCGGUACACCUGCAUCGAUAAGGACACUCGGCGGUUCUGCUCUCUCAGUCCAUCGUCUCCAAAGUGCAGAUGUAAAGACGGCAGCUGCAAAGUCAUCCCUAAAAUGACAUUAGAACCACUGAGACCCAGAACUACGAACCCCAUCACCACCACCGGUACCACCGCUCGCUCUACAGAGCCUCCAACUACAACCGCUGAGGUUACCGCGACAACCAUCACCGUGGCAACAACUUCCAUGGCUCCAUCCACUGUUGAUACGACCACAACUUCAACACAAACAACAACAACACUUACACCAACAACAGCAGCACAAACAACAACACCAGCACAAACAACAACACAAACAACACCAACAAUACCGGCACAAACAACAACAACACCUACAUCAACAAAAACACCAACAACACCUCCUACUGUAUCAGCCACAACUCUGGGUUCGACAUCAUCCACCCCUCCGCCGACAACAACAGAAUCGGACACAACUCCAACACCAUCUCCUGCUGUAACUACGGUUGCCAUGACGACCACGGUGCUUCCCACCACCUCGCUGGCAACGACCACGCUGAACAACAGGAUCAACAAGGACGUGACGCACAGACAGAGAGGAGACGUCCACAUACCUCGACACCCUGGAAACAACCAGGUGUGGGAGUUUGACAUCGAGCUGGGAAACACAGCCGACGACCUCGGAGAUGACCCUGAUCUGGAGGUUUUCCUCCGCUGCCGCUUCAAUCACGGAGUUUGUGACUGGAUCUCUGAUGGAGACGGAGAUCUGCUGUGGGAGACGGUCGAAACUGCUGCAGGUGAGCGCUACCUGUCCGUGCCUGAGCUGAAGACGGGCCAGAGGAGCGUCCGAGGCGCUCGACUGGCUGUCCCAAUCCUCCCCCCCUGGCGCCACGGCAACCUGUGUUUCUCCUUCUCCCAUUGGCUGACGGGGCAUCACGUGGGCGUGCUGCAGCUGUUCGUCAGGAGAACGGGUCGGAACCAAAGGUUUGGCUCCGCCCUCUGGAGCAGGACAGGUGGACACGGUUGGAGACAGACGCAGGUUACCUUGGCAGCACAUUCUGUGGACAGAGUGUUGUUGAAGGCCGAGCGGAGGGCAGGACGAAGAGGACAGGUGGCUGUUGAUGAUGUCACUCUGAGGCGGGGCACGUGUCGAUGA